GUAGAAUCAGUCGGGGGGAAAAUGGCGGCGAGUGUCAGUGGGACUGUUUUGUCUUCCCUCUUCUACGAUCAAAUAAACAGUCCCGGGGAUCAAGAAGGUUAUCUUUUAGGGAAGAUUGUCAACCAUGUUCAAGAUAAGAUUAGUGACUCCCAGAUCAGCAACUGCAAAGUGGAAACUGUCAUAUAUGUCUAUUCCUACUUGCCUUGGCCCAAUGAGGACCGACUUUACAACUCAGCCGGACGAGUGGAUCCGACCAAAGCAAUGACGCUCUUGCAGGGCAAACACCAGGAUUUGAUUGGUUGGUACAAGUUUCGCCGGAAUUCAACCCUACGUCCGUCACUGAGAGAAACUAACCUGCAUCGUAACUUGAUCGAGAGUCUGCCAGUGCAGGAAAACAGCAACUUUCUCUUCCUCCUGUGCUCCACCUCCCUGUCCUACAAUAAGGCCACCCACACUUUCGAUCAUGCCCUACUUCGUAACCACAAUGGUAAAUUCCAGAAGGUUGCGAUGAGAGUGAUCAACUUGGGAGACACCACGCACACAGAGUACAAGACUCGAGGCAACCUGACCGUCAACCCCCAGGGGGGCUCUCUCACCACAGUUAUUAACCAGUUCCAGGGUGAGUUUGUGUCUGGUUCUGGUGCCAUGUUGGAGAUCAACAAGAUUCAGGGAAUGUCUACAAGCCUCCACACAAGACUACAGGGGCUUUCGCAGGAGGUGGAGAAGAGUGAGGAGAGCCUGUCAACUCUGGAGGAAGAAGUCAAACUGAUGUCAUACCGACUCCUGGAACAAGAGGAGAAGAUGAAAGCGGAGAGAAAAGCUGCACAGAAACCCCCAAGUCCCACGCCAGCAGAAGUUGUCUCCCCUGUCAGCCCAGUGGCAGCCCAGGCCUUCAAGCUGAACACAGGUCGUAGUGAACACAGACUGAGAGUCAGUAUCAGCGAGACCAGCCGCAGACCCAGGCAGAUCAGCAUUGAAGAUGAUGAAACAGAUCGGCCCGAGGCCACAAAACGAAGUCCCGAAAUCUGCUUGCUUGACCUGGAAGAGAAGGAGCAGGAAAUCAGAGUUGAUAGUGCAAUCUUACAGCCUUUUAAUAAUGACAGCAUGGACGUUGAUGCGAGCAGAGGACAGGUGCAGCGGACCCGGUCGAGGAAAGCCAAGUCGGAUGGUGCUGAUGAGAGUGCCCAACUAGAAACCCCUCAACAGGGACAGACACAAGCUUCUACUGGAGAGACCACAAAGAAAGACUCAGACAGCGGUCAAUCAAAAGAUGCCUUUUCAUUUGUGAACAAUAUUUUAGAAAAAGAAAUAGAGCAAGUAGAGCCUUCAACUAGCAAACCAGGCAGUCAUGAAGUUGGUAAGCCAACUGUGAAACGAGAGGCUAGUCUUAAUACAAACAGUUCAAAUGUUACCGUUGCUCGGAGGCCGCAUUCACGAGCUGAGGCCCAAGCUGCAAGGUCGCGGAAAGCCGAAAUGGGAGAAACAAGUGGAUCGACUGCCAGGGUAGGGUCCCCAUCUCCGAGAAUUCGACAGCCAGCUAAAACAACCACUGUUACUGGUGCUUCAGCAGCAGAAGUCAAAGGUGAAAGGUCAAGACCUCAACGAGUGAGGUCAAGGCCAGGUCAGGGUGUGAGGGCAAGGUCACGUGAAAGUCCUUCAGGAAGCCAGAGAUUAGGGACAAGUAUUCCGAAUGUGACUAGGACAAAGUCUGCUAGUCCAAGUCACUGUAGAGCCCCUGCUAGAAAGACCACAUGUGAGAAUGGAACAGACAGCGGGAGUGUGCUCGAUGACUCAAAAGUGUCCUCAUCUCCUGUGUUUUAGGUGUUUUGGAUUCAGGCUAAUUCUGCUCAUUCCAUGGUAUAAGAAGUGUUAUAUUUUUACUCCCCCAGUCUGUAGAGUGUGGCUAAUGUCUGCUUUAAGGGUUGUCUUUUCAGUGCACAGGCAAGGUAAUUGUUAUCUUUCAAUCAGGCCGGCCCAAUAUAUUUUCAUUCAUAUGAGAGAUUCAUGCCAAGAUUCAGGAGGCAGGAAGUAUUGGAAAACUGUUUUUUGGUUUGAUUGGAUGUUAAUUUCCAAUUGACAUUAAAACAAUGAAAACCACACAGAAUGAUCUCCCAAAGAAGCAUAUUUUUUGUCCAACUUGGCAUUAUUAUUUUAUUAUUUUUUAACUUAAGGCAGGCUCAUGAAACAAGAAAAUAUGUUGGACUAGCAUUUCUUGACAUUUACAGACAUCGUGCUUUUUGUCUAUGUUCUCAUCAUGCAGUGGUUAUUGUUCUGUGGAUGACAUAGUGGACAUUCAAAUUCCAUUGAAAGUCUCGCAAGGAGAAUCACAUACUGAAACCAACAUAACCUUGCCUGUGUCUGGUUUCAUGAAGCAAUCAAGCUUCAUACAAUAAUACUAGCAUUAAAAUCAAGGGGUCCGCAUCAUAACUCUAGUGUUAGAACUAAUAUUUAGUGACCCCAAGAGCUAACCUCAAGGACCUGUAGGUCUAUGUUAAGGUAUUGUAGUUACAGUCAGCGGGACCAGGACGGGUCGGUUGUUAACAACGCCUGGUAGUCCAAGAGGUCAUCUUCCUGAGGCAAGGGCGUUAACUGACUAUGAAAGUCAAGUUUUCACCCUUGUUGUACCAGGCUGGAAUUUCCAGUAUCGAUCAUAGCAUCGAUCAAUGUCCCUGUUGACAAAUCAGAUUCCAUCUCUCAUAUCAGAUGCAUUUGCUUUAAACAAGAUGGUGGCGCAAAGGAAGACCAUCUGAUCGAUAAUCAAGAUCUAUUUUGUUAUAAACCGGGUCUUACCCCGUGAGGUGACUUAAUCAUUGAUUAAGAACAUGAAAAGAUUUGCACAAAUCUGUCGAUGCCCAGUUGACAGUACACAUGCUUUGCAAAUUCUGCAAUGGACUAAGAUCUGCAUGUUGAAAUCUAUCUUGUUUGCAAACCAGAUGUCUUGUUCGUUACCCAAUUUUGAUUGGACAAUGCAGGGACUCCCAAAAUGUAUCUCCGGAAUUCCAGCAUAGUUUGGCAAGGGUGGAAACUGGCCUUUUAUGGUCAGUUAACACCCUUGCCUCAGGAAGAUGCCAAGAAGUAUGGUCAAGAUUGGUCACAUGGCACUUCAGGAAGAUCAAGGACACUCAAGAUCAGAAGUAUUUUAACUGUACUGACAUGAAUGUUAUCACAUACCUCAACAAGUGAUUGGUUUCUUGUGUAUUACCAGUGCCAAGCAAUAAUUAUUCUUUUCGGUACACAGUUCAAUUUUUGGCGCUGAUGCGAUGUCAAUUUGUAUCACCUUCAUCACAAGUGGGGAUCAAGGAAUGAAAUUCCACUCAACAUGCUCAGAGACAUGUUCAUAAAAAAAAUGAUUUCCUGUUUGACUGUCCUUCAUGGAGUGAUGCAUUUCUCCAAUUGAGAUCUUCAUAUCGUAACUUUUAGUUAUCUAACUUUCAUCAAACUUUUACUGCCAGUAUGCCUGAGUCAUGUUCUAGCGAAUAAUAAUGAUAUGAGUAUGGUGUGUUGAUACAGGGGACCCAUGAAGAUUGGGGGUAGAAUAGGUCUUCAGCAACCCAUGCUUGCCGUAAAAGGCGACUAUGCCACUAUGCAGAGUUACAUCCCUUAGUUCUGCCAAUGACCCUGGUCAUGAGAGUUUCAGUAUUGUGGCAUCAUUCUGCGUGAAUUUGGGCUUACCUCACACAUUAAGCUGACUCAUUGUAAUUGAAAGGAAAUAAUGUCAAAAGCGCAUUAAACCUCACUCACUUAAAAACUAUGAUGCACUGUUGCAUCAAUCAGUCCAGCACAUGAAAUAAAUUCAUUGUCAAUAUUUCCAUAGAGUGGCAUAUUGUGUGUUACCACCACCCCUCGAUAUAUGUCAUUAAUAUCAACAGGGCAUCAUGGGAGAGUCCCGAGCAUUGAAAACCACCUGGCUUGUUAUCCCAGGGCUAGCAAUGUUACAUGUGGACUAGUAAUCAUUCAAUAGUCCAUGUAUAAUUUUAUUCCUGCAAUAAUGAUGAUGACAAGUCUCUAAGUUGACACAGAAAUUAUUGAGGCAGUCUGGUAGCCUAGUGGUUUAAGCGUUCGCUUGUCAUGCCGAAGACACGGGUUCGAUUCCCAACAUGAGUACAAUGUGUGAAGCCCAUUGCUGGUGUCCCCCCGUCGUGAUAUUGCUGGAAUAUUGCUAAAAACGGCGUAAAACCACAUUACUCACCACUCACGGAAAUUAUUUGCAAUAUCUACACAGAAACAUGGCAGUCAUUGUUAUACAGAGGUUGUAUAUCCAUGAAACUAUAUCCCUUGUUCAUCAUGCCAACUUCUAAAUGCCACUUAAAGAAGUAAUUGCAAUAGCAGCCUACUCAACAAGUGCCACAUUACUUAUUAACAGACUUUGCGUUUCAUCUCAUGAUAGAAGGGAGAGGAACCUAAUGUGUUGUGAAGUUUGAGGGAAGUUAUCGUUGAUUUGGCUUUUCGGAAUGAGGAAUUUGAAACCUCACCCUUUUGUGUUUGAUACCACAUAAUAUAUUAUAGGUAUCAAACGGUAAGUUUAUUUUAUACCUGUAAACAAAAGGACAUGUUGAUGCUACCUGUAAUCUUUAAGACAUCCUUGUCUACAGAAAGACUUGUUAAAUUUGCUAGCUGUGAUUAUGAUAAUUUGAAACACGCUAAAUAUUACUUGUUGGAAAAAAUGCUACUUGUUUCAUUGAUAAUUUUUGGAAACAUGUUGAAUGCUACACAUAACCAUGGUAGUAUAACAUCUGAUGAAUGCUACCUAAAACCUUGGUAAGUUGAAAGACAUGUUGAAUGUUGCCCAUAACAGAAAGACAUGUUGAAUGUUGCACAUAACAGAAAGACAUGUUGAAUGUUGCACAUAACAAAGACAUGUUGAAUGUUGCCAGUUACAGAAAGACAUGUUGAAUGUUGCCCGUAACAGAAAGACAUUUUGAAUGUUGCCCGUAACAGAAAGACAUGUUGAAUGUUGUCAAUAAAAGAAAGACAUGUUGAGAGAGAAUGUUGCCCAUAACAGAAAGACAUGUUGAAUGUUGCCAGUAACAGAAAGACAUGUUGAAUGUUACCCAUAACAGAAAGACAUGUUGAAUGUUGCCCAUAACAGAAAGACAUGUUGAAUGUUGCCCGUAACAGAAAGACAUGUUGAAUGUUGCCAAUAACAGAAAGACAUGUUGAAUGUUGCCCAUAACAGAAAGACAUGUUGAAUGUUGCACAUAACAGAAAGACUUGUUGAAUGUUGCACAUAACAAAUACAUGUUGAAUGUUGUCAAUAAAAGAAAGACAUGUUGAGAGAGAAUGUUGCCCAUAACAGAAAGACAUGUUGAAUGUUGCCAGUAACAGAAAGACAUGUUGAAUGUUGCCCAUAACAGAAAGACAUGUUGAAUGUUGCCCAUAACAGAAAGACAUGUUGAAUGUUGCCAGUAACAGAAAGACAUGUUGAAUGUUGCCCAUAACAGAAAGACAUGUUGAAUGUUGCCAAUAACAGAAAGACAUGUUGAAUGUUGCCCAUAACAGAAAGACAUGUUGAAUGUCUUGUAUUCUGUAAGUAGUGAAGAGUUCUGUUCUUUCAGUAACACACAGAACCAUGUUUUAUCAGGCUUAGAAAGGCAGCAUCAAUGAACCAUGCACAUCCUUGUGUGGACCCAUCAGUGUAUCUUCUUGGUGAGAUUUGCCCGAAUUAAUGGACAAAUUAUUUGUUGUCAGAUGCAAAUGUCAUCUGAAGCUAUAACCCAAAAAUUACAUCUAACAGGAAAAUGAUCAUUUGUAUUCAUGUUUUGAAACACAAAUAAAAAUAUAACUGUUACACCAAUGUCCUUACUGGGACAGAAUGGCGAGUUCUUGGAGACAAGGAAUUCACCAGCAGGACAUCAUAAUAACUGAAGCUGAUAAUUCCAGUAUUUUCUGGUCCAUGUGUGAAUGUGUGAGUGAGUGUAAGAUUCAUUGGUCAGUAUAUUUGUUUCAUGACAUAAAAUGUGGCAUUAUCUGGUCAUGGUUUUUUUUACAAGUGUAUCUGUGCAUGUUUUUAUUUGCUUAGUGAGCUCAACAUUGUGGUUUAUGAAUUUAUUCUUCAAAGGAAACCUUUUUGACAGGUUUGAUUGAAAAAGAUCCUGAUCAUGUACUGGUGUUAAGACUUACAAAUUGUUUCAUGUAUCAUAAAUGUUAAUAACAAUCCAAGACCUCUGCCAAUGGAUAUUUUCACAUCCUGUUUUGUUGCAGUCUAUAAAUCCAGGCCUUUAGAAUGUUUAAAUAUUUUAAAUAUCGCAAAAUUGUAAGAGUAAAAGUUUAGUGACAGUUGUCGUCCAAAUCCAAUAUAUGUGUCUUGUUUGAUGUAUAAAAUAUUAUAUAAUGUCAUAAAUGGAAGAGGAACAAGAUCAGACCAACUUAAUAUCUUGUUAUAGGCCCCAUGGGGAUUCCGGGAUAACAACAGGUCUCUGUGACCUAUGCUUGUCCCAUGAGGAUUGAGUGGUAAUAACUCUGGGUGAUUUGACGGGUUGAAUGUUUUUUGUCGCUACAUGACCAUACUCAAUAUCAAUCACUGAUUUACCAUCCAGGUUGUGUUAUUAACAGGACAAACUGAUAUUGAUGGCAUUUAUUAACCAGUGAAAAAACCUUGUAAAACGUUUUUCACAAAAAUAUACCAUAAGCGUUUUCACAAAAAUAUACGACUCAAGAGAUGUUAAGGACCACCUGAUUAUUUUAUAUUUCCUAUGGUAAUAUGAAAGAAUCAGUUGUUGUUUAACUUCUUUUGUGCAGUAUAACAACAAUCCCCAAAACCAACAUAUUUGUGCCUGGCCAUAAUGGCAUCAUUAAAGGAAAGUAAGAUAGCCUUCGACUUGUUCAUGUUGAUUUGCUCACAAGGUAUGAACACAGAAUUUGUAAUCAUGUUUUGAACUAAUUGUGUCAUGUUAAAUACUUUGUCCCAAGGUGAUGCAAGUUGUUGGGACAAUAUGACUUGAACUGAUACUCUAGGGUUGCAUGGUUGUGCCUAAGGCUACAGUGAAGAUUGGUUGCUAUGGUUGCAGUAACCAUGGCAGCACUGCUGUGUUGACUGGUGUUGAUAGACAGUAAGGACAUGUAAACUGGGUUUUAUUACACAUCAGAUACGUUUAUAAUAAUGAGAUUAAAAGUUUCCUGCUACACACUACUUGUAUAAUAACUUAUUUAGUCUUUUUAUGUGUACAUGUGUAUCAUUUGCCUGUGCCAAACAUUUCUUAGUUUCUUAUCCUGUAAUAAAAUGUUUUUCACAUAA